AUGUCCGGAUACGACCAAUACAAUCAGGGCUACGGCCAGCAAGGCUACGGCCAACAGGGACAGCAGGGCUACGGCCAGCAAGGCCAGGGUUACGGCCAGCAAGAAUAUGGUCAGCAGGGACAACAGGGUUACGGCCAGCAGGGCUACAGUCAGCCCCAAUACGGUGAACAGCAGGGCUACGGUCAGCAGCAGUAUCAGCAGGGCGGGGCUGCCUCCAACGACUACUACGGUGGCCAGCAGCAGCACAACCAGGGCCAGUAUGGCCAGGAGCAAUAUGGUCAACAGGGUCAGCACCAGUACGGUCAGGACCAGUACCGCCAGGGUGGCUACGAGCAGCAGCAGGGCGCUCCCGGUGAGGCCCAGGAGGGUGAGCGUGGUUUGAUGGGUGCCCUCGCAGGCGGUGCUGCCGGUGGAUUCGCCGGCCACAAGGCCAACCACGGCUUCCUCGGAACCAUCGGUGGAGCCAUCAUCGGUAGCAUUGCCGAAGAUGCCAUCAAGAAGCACAAGCACCACGACCAGGGUCCUGGCGGCGCCCCUCCCGGCUACGAUGGUCAGGGUAGUCCCUACGGCGGCCCUCCCUCUCACCAGGGCAGCGGCAUGAUGGAUCAGCUCGGCAACUUCUUCAAGAAGUAA